UUGAGAGUGUUUGGACUUUGGAGUUGCUAAUAGGUGGGUUGCAAACCAUUCUUAGCUGUCUGAACGUAUGCUUGUUUUUUAUGCUUUAGGAUAUGUUUUUUUACACUCAUUAGAAGGUUAAAUACUUAGAUGAGCCAAAAUCUAGAAACUAGUUUCACUAUAUAGCUAGAAGCUACAACAGGACGUAAAAGAAUUUCUGCCAUUUACUCUAUAUUGUUCCCAGUAGGUGAAUUUGUUGCGUAACUCCACCUUUUUGUAGAGUCAUUCUUAGGAUAAUGAGCUAGCUGAAACGAGCUGAACUUUUGAUGGAGCAAGCUACUAAGCAUGCGCAAGUUGUUCAAAGCCUUUCCUGCUAAGUUUGAACAAUCUCUUGGCUUAGCUUGAUUUCUUUUUCUCGUGGUGAUGAAUGGUGAUAGGGUAUUAAAUUCAGGGUUUAAACUUUGAUGAUAGGAUGGGAAACUGAGAAUCAGGAUCUUCUCAAUCUCCUUUCCACGGAGAUCAAUUGCUUCUUGUAAUCCAAUGACCCUCAUGCAUUAUCAGAGUAUCCUAUGUCAAAAAAAAGGUUUCAUCCAUGGAGCACUAUCCCUUCAAAGCAAGGCAGAGUGGUAUGGGUUGUGUGCAGAUCAUUGUCCCCCUUGCAAGAGUUACACUACAGACAGCUCUGAAAGAGUUCCCAACCCGAAGCUUAUAAUCAAAAAACCACUAAAACUGCUUGCUUUAGGGUCAUUUGGUUAUAAAUGUUUGAUUCAAGUCCCAGGAGAGACCCUUGUUAAGCACUAACAGGAUCAUGUAAUGAAGUGCUGAUCGUGUAACACAUUCUGUUUAUUGUUAUAGUUGGUGCCAAGCAGUUCCAUCCUGAUAAACUUUUGGAUUUUCAACCUGAAAAGCAGAACCAAUGUAGCAAUGUUGGGUUGCAGAAUCUAAACAAACUUUUGUUAUAAUCACUUUGGCCAUCCCUUGUUUUUCUGUUUUGUAGUAACUUCCCUGUGUGCUUACAUGUUGCUACUAUCAGAAGUAACAGAAGAUGAUAAGCACCACUCAAUGAUUGAUAAUGGGUCAUAAGAUUGCUUGUCUUCCAUGUUUGCCCAUUUGGUCCCUACUUGUACUUCCAAUUCUGUUUUGCAGAUUCAGAUAGAGGCCACCAAAUUAUUUAUAAAUAGUGUUCUCCCUACCAGGUGCAAAUCAAUGCACCUUAAUAUCCAGUCAUUUCUGCAAUAUAGUAAUGGAGUCCAACACAUCAGGCUUCUUUCUGAAUCCUUCAGCUCUUCACUCGGUUUACUAUCAGGCAAAGGAUGAUGAUGGUAUUAUUGAUCUGGGUCUUAGUCUCAGAACCUUGCAACCUGAAGCUUAUCAUCCAUCAGGACAUUUCAUGAGUCAGGAGGGGUAUGGUGAACUGAUGGCCUGGCCGCCUCAGGCAAAUCGGUUGGCAAAACAUUCAAAUUCAGGAUAUCAAGGAAUUACACAAGAAGAAUGUGAUGAGGACUCCGAGGGGGUGCAAAGCAAAGAAAAUUGGGCUUAUGUAAAGGUAAACAUGGAUGGGGUAGUUGUUGGCAGGAAAAUUUGCAUACUUGAUCAUGGUGGUUACUCCAGCCUUGCAAUUCAGCUAGAAGACAUGUUCGGAAGACAUGCUGCAACUGGGUUAAGGCUGUUCCAGGCAGGCUCUGAAUUCUGCUUGUUUUACAAGGACAGGGAGGAGAACUGGAGGACUGUUGGUGAUGUCCCUUGGAAGGAAUUUGUUGAAAGUGUGAAACGUCUGAGGAUUGCACAAAGAAAGUGAACCUCGUCUGCCUACCAAAUUCAUGUUGAAGUUGUAUUCUUAGCUCUCUCUCUCUACAGCAGCCAAUGUUAUUUUGCAUGUUUUGAAUCAAUCUAGUAACACCUUUGUGGUAAAUCUAGUUAGUCUAUCUCCUAAUUGUUGAUCCAGUAAUAAAAAAUUCUAGUA